CAUACAUACGUCCUAUUCUUCUGGUGCCAAGAAGGUGCAGUUGUCUCUCGUCUAUCGUAAUCCUGGACUUGACCGUGCACUUGGUUGAAAGUGACCUUCCUGGGAUUAACAGCGUCCUCAUCAAUCAACACUAUUCGCCGAUGUCCAACAGCAUACAGUCUGAUAUCACACACAUACACACUCUCUCUUCUCUCAGAUACUAAUGUGCAUCAACUUCGAUCCUUGCUCACACAUCCUUCGACUGAACCUUCCCAGUCCGACUUGUUCUUGCAAUAUACCUCGGCAACGGGCCUCUGAAUUUCAUCAAACAGUCCCAUCUUUAUGACUGGCAGUCAGCGUUAGCGAGGUCUCAAUGCUCGUAUCUAUGAUAUGUAUUCGACUCACACUUGACUCCUGGCGCCCGUGGAGUGGUUGACAUGAUUGGACUAUGGUUGAUUAGCACCAUUUAUCCCCGUUCAGGUGAAGUGACAUGAGAAGCGAAAGGACCGGAAGCGCAUUCGAAAAGAGAGUGAAAGAUGUUAACACACCUUCCACAAUUAGGACAGAACCAUCGCUGCAUGGUCACUCCUGAAUCCGUGGCUGUGUCCUGAUAUGCCUUUGGAGUGCCUGUGACCUCAACAUCCUCGUCUGAAAUGACAGUGACGUACGUUCCCACUAAACACCGUCAGUGUUCUCGUUUACUAAUGGAAUCCUGCGGCGAAGAGCUUACAAGCACCACUCUGGCGCCGACAAGGAAUACAGUGACAGUAUGUGCCAGUGGACUUGACGGCUUCGUCGUUCUUAAUGAAGACUGAUAUUGCUCCACAAUUGCAUUGUCCUUGUGGAGGCAUUUUUCACAGCAGGUGAUUUACUUCUUUAAUGUGUUGAAGCUCUACUGCACGACAAUAGGACGAUGAAAAGAUACAAGAUGGCAUUGAUGAGCUUAUUGAAGUCGUCUCCAAAUGUUCAAUGUCUACCCUCGGAGCCGCAUCUGGCCAGUGGGGUUACUCCUCAUAUCGGCAUAUUAAAGACGCUUAUGAAAGGCAACAUGCCGUAGCGAAUUUGUGUUCAACGCAAGUACUCAUUCGAGCAUAGUGGUACUUGUUGGAUUUCUUAUCGAAGUGAAUCCCUGCGAUAACUCGAUAGCCGGACAAACCCACCUCGUCGUUCAGCCAUUGGUGAUAGAUAACCUUGUACCCUGCAACCUCGUGUUGAACGAGGCUGUGGAUCGCACGAUAUCAGCCAAUCACCAAACGAGUAAGUUACCGAGGUUGACAAGGCUGCGGAGCUGUACCCGUAAAAGCUCAGAACUGAAAAGCCCUCGGUGUGGCGAUGCUUGGACCUUAUGAUUUUCUUUCCACUCAGCACUGAUACGUACAGAAAGCUCAAACUCAACGGCUACAAGUCAACAUUUGACACCAAGUAACUGGAUGUUGUUUUCCCACGCUAAGGCACCAGAGCGCAGUGUCAAUCACCAUCCACUGCGUCGCACAAUUCAUCUAUCAACUAGAUUAGUUUUUAUCUAUCUUUCGAAGCUACCGUUGAUAUGGCUCGGUAGCCAAUAUCCGAACAUGACAUUUUGUGGAUACAGCUAGACCGAUGUCAAGCUUGCGGCCGAAACAGGUCGCCAAUCAUCCGAUGAAAAUGGACUCAUCAACGGCAACGCCGACGCCAUGUCAAGAUCAUUUUGUCGUGUUGUGGCUGCGAUGUGGUGCUUCUCGAUCAUGUUUCACCGUCGGCGGUCGGAUGAACCCCCAAUCCAUCAACUUGCGCAAGCAUGCCCACGUUGCAUGUGCUGCCAAUCUUGUGUCGUUGUCGUUGUGGAUAACGGUGCACAGUGGCCUCUCCCUAACAGUGAAAACUUCAUGAUGCAAUGUUUGGAGCCGCUCGAUUUUAGAUAAGUUCUGAUCUCCCGUGCUUUGUUUCGUGUAUCACUAUCACUAUCUUUCAUCCUGCCACUGCGAAUUCGAUUAUACACCAUGGCCGAGAAGACCGACUUUGACGAUCCUGCCCCUCGACAUCUCUCCUUGUUCCGUCUCGUGGUCGACCAGGCUCGCAUCACUCAAGAAGUUCUCAAGCAUCCGUACCCUGGAUCCGGCACGGAGGAAGAUCCGUACAUUGUGUCCUACAUUCCCAAUGAUGUCGGCAACCCUUACAAUUGGACAACGUCCCGGAGAUGGACCAUCAGCUGGAUCGUGGCUACUGAAAUGCUUGCUUCUGCGUUCGCUUCCAGUGCAUUCAGCGGGACAAUUCGAGAGCUCAUUGUCGACCUAGGCGCAAGCACGGAGUUGAUCACAGCCGGAAUCUCGUUGUUCGUGCUUGGGUUCGCUACAGGACCUCUCCUCUGGGCGCCAUUGAGUGAGAUCUACGGAAGACAACUGAUGUUCUUCAUCAGUUUCUGCGGAUUCACAGCUUUCAAUGCCGGUUGCGCGGGCGCCAAUAAUCUUGCUACGCUACUAGUUCUGCGAUUUUUCGCAGGUGCUUUCGGUUCAUCCCCCUUUACAAACGCGGGAGGUGUCAUUGCAGAUAUUUUCCCUGCCAGCCAACGAGGACUUGCGAUGGGUAUCUUUGCUCUCGCACCCAGCAUGGGACCGACGAUUGGACCUUUCUGCAGUGGCUUUCUUGCAGAGAACGAAGGCUGGAGAUGGGUCAUGGGAAUGCUGACGAUAUUCUCUGGUGUUCUUUGGAUCCUUGGAGCUGUAUUCGUUCCUGAAACAUAUGCCCCGGUUCUCCUUCGUCGAAGAGUUGACAAACUCACCAAGAUGACGGGGAAGGUUUACAUGUUACAGUCGGACAAGGAGAAGGGCCGCCCUUCGUUGAAGUCGCUUCUACCGACCGCUUUGAUCCGACCUUGGAUUCUCCUUUUCAUGGAGCCAAUUGUGUUGUUGCUGUCGCUGUACAUCGCCAUCAUCUACGGCACUCUUUACCUUCUUUUCGGCGCCUAUCCGAUCGUGUUCCAGCAAGUUCGUGGUUGGUCCGAAGGUAUUGGUGGCCUUCCCUUCCUCGGAGUGGCCGUUGGACAAGUGUUGGGCAUAGCAUUCUCCGGCUAUGCGAAUAAGUGGUACCUCAAAUCUGCUCAGAAGCAUGGCGGCAUUGCCCCGGCCGAAGCACGACUUCCGCCUGCGUUCCUAGGAGCCGUCGCUGUCCCAAUCGGUCUUUUUUGGUUCGCCUUUACCAAUUCUCCGUCAGUCCACUGGAUCUCACCUGUUCUUGCGGGAGUACCGUUCGGCUUCGGCUUCUGCAUCCUCUUCCUCGUCGUCACCAAUUACCUCAUUGAUUCGUAUACCGUCUUUGCCGCAUCGGUCCUCGCCGCCAACACGGUCUUGAGAUCUCUCUUCGGCGCCGCAUUCCCUUUGUUCACCCAGGAUAUGCUGGAUAGGUUAGGGAUUCACUGGGGCAGUGCGAUUCCAGCAUUCCUGGCACUGGCUUGCGUUCCUUUCCCCUUCAUCUUCUACAAAUACGGGGCGUCGAUACGUGCUCGCUGCGUUUACGCUGCCAGAGCCGAAGCGGCCAUGGAGGAGCUACGAGCCAGGGCUGCUCAGACAGCCGGUACAGGAGCUGGCACAUCAUCUUCGCCUGCACGUACCUCACUUGAACAAUCCGAGUCAGAAAAGGAGACGGAGGAACCGGAGUCUCGAUUCGCGCCUAUCAGAACGUCCACCGAUCAAGCUGAUCGGGCAGCCUUGACCAGAAUCAAGUCACAAUCUGGAAGUAUAUCAGAAGCCGCCAACUACAACGCUAGCCCUUACGAUAUCGACCGGGUCAACACGUUGACGUCCAUCGCCGGACUGGAUCUCAGCAGUACAAGGACGAACAAAUCUGCUGGCCGAUGAUCUGGAAAGGACCACCAGUCAGCUGAUUGUUUACGUUUGUCAUUACCCUCUUAAUUACCUGACCUGUUACGAUGUUGGAAAACUGGCGCUCAUAGACUUUGCCGUGUUCAGAUAGACUUGAUACCCCCAUGUUUAAAACGAGGUGGCUAUAUGAAAUUAAUACAUUGGACGACGAUUGUCAUCAGCAAUCUCCAAAAUGAACGCCUGAACCUUGACA